CAUAACUCAAAACCGCAUAAAACGGCAACCUUUCGCAAAGACCACAUCAAGACUCUCGCGUCAGUUCUGUCGCAACUUUUGAAUCGGCAUCAGCAUGGUGUGCUCUCAUUUCGUUACGGUGCUGUUGAUUGCGAUAACUGGCUCAAUUGUAGGAAGUCCCACCGGGAGUGAUACCGUCGUGCACUGCCAUAUUCCCAAUGAAACGGACGAUGGGACUUGCAUGGAUCUGAAAAAAUGUCCUGCGUUCCAGGAGAUCAACCACGUUGAGAUGAUGGUCAACACCAGCAGAGUAAGCUUCGUUCGGGAACUGCAGUGUGGGGAUGAUCAACAGGUCUGCUGUCCGCAGGGCAUCGACAAUUACCGAAAGCCGUGGAUUUCAACGGAUGUUGAGCCGCGAGUUCGAUUUGGAAUUAGGACUAGAACAUCUGUAAGUCAUGAAGACGACAACGAGUGUGGACUUGGAACUUUUCGAGAUCGCAUCCUUCGUGGCAAUAUUGCCCAAAUUGAUGAGUUCCCGUGGGCUGCUCUGUUGAAGUUCAACAAAAAGUUUCCAGGGUGUGGAGCGGUUCUAAUAAGCAGAAACUUUGUGCUUACGGCAGCUCAUUGUUUGAUUGGAGAGGAGUACAACACAUAUGGUCCACUUGAAUUGGUCCGGUUACGAGAAUACAACUUAUUGGUGGACCCGGAUUGUGAAGUGCAGGAAGAAUUUCUAGAUUGUAUUCACGGCGGAAAACAUGAUAAAAAGCCUCUAGCAAAAAUUGUGCACCCAGACUACCAAGAAAGCAGUGCUGACCAUUACCACGACCUAGGUCUCGUUGAAAUUGAUUUGACGGAGGAGUUUUCGGACUUUCUGCGUCCAAUCUGUCUCCCCGAGAAGGGAAGGCUCACCGGAUUAGAACGUGAUUCUAUACUGACAGUCUGUGGUUGGGGUUUGACGGAUUUCUUUCAAGCCAGGAAUGGAAAUGCACUCAGUCCAAUUAAGAUGAAGGCAAGGCUGCCGUUUGUGGCGCAAAGUGAGUGCCAAAAAAAUUUCACUGAUUAUCAGUUGACAUCCGGCCAGAUCUGUGCUGGAGGGCGUCGGCAAGAUUCGUGCAAUGGUGAUAGUGGAUCACCGUUGAUGUUCUACGACUGGAAGAAUGGCGUCUGGGUACUGAGUGGAAUUGUAAGCAUCGGGCGGAAAGACUGUGGCACGGUUGGCAGUCCCGGGAUCUACUCGAGCGUUGUGGAGUAUCUGCCGUGGAUUAAGUUUGUAUUAGACAGAAAGGAAUGAAGCAGCAAACUCUCUGGGAAACGAGCGAGCAAUUAGGGUUCAUUC